UUGACAUCUGUCAGCAUCUCUGUCUGUCUAUUCUGUAGCUGAUUUGAUGAAUGGUCUACAAAUUCGUUAUUAGUUUAGUUUACAUUUACAAUUUAUCGACAUUAAUUUUCUAAGGUUUAGGGAUUUUAAUGAAGACCUGUGAAUAUACUUCGACACGUUUGAAAAUAUAGCCUAUUACAGACGAUCACCCCUUUCUAUGUAUUAUCGUAAUUAACGAUUCAAAACCGUAACCGCCUUGAUAUCUAGCGUCAAAAUAUAAGGCAAUGGUGUUCCCCGCGUACUCGAUCUCGGUUUGAGUGGGUCGUUCGUGCGGCCCAGCUAUAGGCGGCAGGCCACAAGCGAGCCGCGGGUAGCGCGGGAGCAGGCGGCAUGUCCAACGUGGAGAACGUGUGUCCGCAAGUGCUGCGCGGGGUGGCGCGCGAGCUGCGGCGCCUGGCGGCCAGCCCGCCCGCCGGCAUCAAGCUGCUGCUGCGCGAGGACGACCUCACCGACGUCGUGGCGCAGCUCGAGGGCCCUGCGGACACGCCGUACGCGGGCGGCACGUUCCGCGUGCGGCUGGUGCUGGGCCGCGAGUUCCCGGCCGCGCCGCCGCGCGCUUACUUCCUCACCAAGCUGUUCCACCCCAACGUGGCGCCCGACACGGGCGAGGUCUGCGUCAACACGCUCAAGCGCGACUGGCGCCCCGAGCUGGGCCUGGAGCACGCGCUGCUGGCCGUCAAGUGCCUGCUCAUCGCGCCCAACGCCGAGUCCGCGCUCAACGCGGAGGCGGCGGCGCUGCUGCGCGACCGCUACGACGACUACUUCGCGCGCGCCAAGCUGCUCACCGAGAUCCACGCGGCCGGCGUGCCGCGGCGGCGCGAGGCCAGCGGCCCGUCGCGCGAGGCGCCGGGCCCGCGCGAGGCGCGCGAGGCGCCGCGCGAGGGCCCGCAGCCCAAGCGCGAGCGGCGCGAGGCGGGCACGGCCGCGCGCCGCGUGCUCAAGCGGUUAUGAUGCGCUCCCCGCCCCACACCGUAUGUAUUGUUUUACCGAUCAUUGACGAUUUCCCUUCUGUUACGUUCGGCGCAAGUUAGGCAUUGUAAAUAAAGAUAUUUGUUUUAUUAUUUUGCUUUAUCGAGGAACAUAAUUACGUGUGUACCGUCUAUGUAAUAAGUAGAUAUAGUUGUAAUAAUGAUAUUUGUAUUGCUUUAGUUAGAAUAUUAAUUAUUAAAAUAGAUAUCAAAAUGUCA